GUCAAAGAAAAAGAGACAAAAUUCCGAUACUGAUUUUUCACUUGAGGUUUUUCCCUUGUGUUUCUUGUAAGUCGUGAUUUUUUGCUGGAACCCAUGUGAUUUGGGAAGAGUGAUGAAUAAAAGAAUCCAAAAACAAACUAAAUGGGUGUUUUUGAGGGACCUCGAUUGCAGAAAAUGUAAAACAAACAAACAAAAAAGAGAAAGGAAAAAGGAACUGUUCAUCCAGACGCCGCAGCUGCACUGCAAACAGUCCAUUUCGGCCAUUUCGAAAGCGACGGCUAGCUUCAAUUUCCCAACAAAAUUGAACCCUUGUUUCUGGUUUCCCAGUUGCUUUGAGAAAAUGGCAGCCCACGGCAAAAUCAACAUCAGCCCGGGGUGGCUCACUCAUGUUCAUACAGAGGCCAAUGCCUCUGCUCCCCCACCACCAGGCUCACUCAUGUUCAUACAAAGGCCAAUUCUGGCUUGUUUUUGUUUCUGUUUGAAGCUGUUGGGCGUCAUAUUAUGCGGUGGGUUUUGAUGGCACUGUAGGAUUUGAAACUUUGCGUAUACGCUGUGUUGUGAGGUGUAAAAUAUUGACAGGCUGAACCUACCUACUACCCUUAACAGAGGCCUAUUUGCAGAGCUUCAUACAAAUGUCUUCCCUGUUUUAAUUCUCUCAAUCAAAAAAUGACUUCCAGCUCUAGGGACGAUUCUGUCUCUCUCCUCCCCCAAAAUGCCGGACACGGACACCAAAACCUCGUCCUAUUGUCCCUUUACCGGCCCCCUCCAUACCCACAUCGACGCCUUCUCCGCCUCUGUGCCCAAUACUCCGCCGCCUUCCUCCUCCUCGCCGCUCUAUCUUUUCUACUCUUCCCCUCCGACCCCUCGCUCCAACUCGUCCGAUUGAAACUCAACCACGCCAAAGUCCGUUUGUUGCCGGUUCUCGUCCUUGACCUUUCUAUCUCUGCUUCUGUUAGGGUUCGCAAUAAGAAUUUCUUCUCUCUCGAUUACAAUUACCUUGGCGUUUCCGUUGGCUACAGAGGAAAACGACUUGGAUUUGUCAGCUCCGACGGCGGUCGAGUUUCCGCUCGAGGGUCUUCUUAUGUGAAUGCCACUGUGGAUUUGAAUGGAGUUGAGGUCAUUCACGAUGCCUUUUACUUGCUUCAGGAUUUGGGGAAAGGUAUCAUUCCAUUCGAUUCAAAGACGGAAGUCGAAGGAUUCAUGGGGUUUUUCUUUAUCAAAUUCCCCAUUAAGGCAAGGGUAUCAUGUGAUGUAUUUGUGAAUACAAAAAGACAAACGAUUGAACAUCAAGAUUGCUACCCUGAGGUAUAAAAACUCAUCAUUUUGCUUACUUUUCUGUUCAUAUUUCUGCAAAAUCACAACCCCUUGGAUUUUUUGUUUCUUAUAUUUGCAGUGAAGGGAAGGAUAGAACUCCCCAAAUCCUCUGCUGAAUUUGUCUGUAAUUAUCACUCCAGAAAAUAAAAUGUUUAAUUCUUUGUGGAUUAGUGCUGUUUAGUUUAAGCUUUCAUGUGUGACCAUCAUGAUUUUAUGAAAAUAAAUUUUAUUUGUAUGUA